ACCUUCUGGAACUCUUUCCUGAGGGAAUCGUGACGAAGAUGUGGACCAGUGGAUUUGAAAGCUAUAGCAGUUCCUCUUUUGGGGGAGCCGGAGGCUACACACAGUUCCCUGGGGGCUCUGGAUCACUGACACCUUCCCAGGCUGAAAAGAAAUCUAGAGCCCGAGCUCAGCAUAUUGUACCCGGUACCAUAUCUCAGCUGCUUUCUGCUACUCUGGUUGAUGAAGUGUUCAAAAUUGGAAAUGUUGAGAUUUCACAGGUCACUAUUGUGGGGAUAAUCAGAAAUGCAGAGAAGGCUGCAACCAACAUUGUUUACAAAACAGAUGACAUGACGGCUACACCCAUGGAUGUUCACCAGUGGGUUGACACAGGUGAUGCCAGCAGUGAAAACACUGUGGUUCCUCCAGAAACAUAUGUGAAAGUGGCUGGUCAUCUGAGAUCUUUUCAGAACGAGAAAAGCCUGGUAGCCUUUAAGAUCAUGCCCCUGAAGGAUAUGAAUGAGUUCACCACACAUAUACUGGAAGUAGUCAAUGGACACAUGAUGCUGAGCAAGUCUAACAGCCAACCCUCAGCAGGGAGAGCACCUAUCAGCAAUCCAGGAAUGGGUGAAACUGGGAACUUUGGUGGGAAUAGCUUCAUGCCAGCAAAUGGCCUCACUGUGGCCCAGAACCAGGUACUGAAUUUGAUUAAGGCUUGCCCAAGGCCUGAAGGAUUGAACUUUCAGGAUCUCAAGAAUCAGCUCCAACACAUGACUGUAGCCUCAAUCAAGCAAGCUGUGGAUUUUCUAAGCAACGAGGGACACAUCUAUUCGGAUGAUGCUCAUUUUAAAUCCACAGACGCAGAAUGA